CCAGACCUUGAGAAGACCUUAGUUGAGUUACUUCAUGAACAUAAUGUUCCUCAGUAUAGGGGUAAUAAUGGGUGGUCUUCUGAGGCUUGGAGUAAGAUAGUCAGUGAGUUCCACGCCAAACACACAUAUGUCACCAUGGACAAAAAUCAGAUUCAAGAGAAGGAGAAGGAAUUGAAAAGAGACUACAAGAUGCUGAAAGAAGCAAGAAUGCAAAGUGGUGCUUCUUGGAAUGAGAAAAGGUGCAUGAUAGAGGCUGAACCACAUCUUUGGAACAACAUCAUCACUACAUUUCCUAGAGCUAACAAGUUCCGCAAGAAGCCUUUUCCUCUCUUCGAUGCUCUGGGAGAAUUAUAUGAUGGACAAUAUGCAGAAGGGACUUGGAAUUUCACCUCUACUCAACCACCACAAUAUCCUGUUUUUAAUAAAGUAAAUGAGGGAGACCAACUCAGUAGUAGUGGAGUCGAAUUUCCAGAUUUAGAAGAAAGCUAUGCGUAUCAAGCACAACAUGAAGCUGGAGAUGCAAGACAGAAAACAACUGAAGAAGUACUACCACAAACUACAGAAGACACAAGUGUUGAAAAGAAUGGACAGAGGCCGCCUAGAAAGGCUGGUGCAGCGUCCAAUCAAGAAAAGGAGCCAAAGAAGGUUAAGAAAGGUGCGGCACUGGAAGGAGCACUAGAGAGGUAUAUUGAUGUGAGAAUUCAACAGGUUCAAGGUGAGGCUGCUGCCUUAGCGAGGGAAAAGGAGUUGGUGCAAGCAAAUGAUUACUCAAUCAAGAGAUGCAUCUCUAUUCUCAUGAAAACAACAUGGCCACGAGAUGAGAAGGUAAAAGCAUCCGAGGUUUUCCAGAUUCCAGCAAACAGAGAGACAUUUAUCAGUUUCAAUGAGGAUGACCCAGAACUUGGUCUGCUUUGGUUAAGAGGAAAGGUGGAUAAGCUUUGAAGUACAGGAGGGAGACGACUUGAUGUCGUCAUGUUGUUUCGAUGUCAAGCUCAUAUGAUGAGAGAUGCUAGAUGAAGAUUGAAGUUGCUUUGUUCAAUAUUCUGUACUGACUUUUAUAAUAUUUGGGCAUGAACUCAAUCUUAAGUAUGUUGAAAGGACCUUUGCUGUUAUUUAUGAUCAAAUUAUGUCUGCUAAGUUACUUAUAUCAAAUAGUUGAUCUAGAUGCAGACUGAAGUGCUGCUAGGUGUCAUCUAUUUGUAGAGGAGUUUUGAGAAGCGAUGAUCAAAUUAUGCUUGGCAGAAGCUAUUUGUAUUAUCUUUUGAUUUUCAUCAUGAUUAAAUGUGAGAAACAUUUUAAUGUU